CCGCACGGAACCGGGGCAGCAACCGAGGGCACGCUGUUCUUCACGUCAGAUCAGAUCGACACACAAAGCAGGGCGAUAGAUAGAGUAGAGCCAGCUUACAGUGGCCACCGCCGACGGAAAAGAAAGAGGGCUUUGUUUCUUCACGUGUUCGAGACACCGGCAGGUCGGAGUGGGACGGGUGUAUUCCAUAACGUGGCCCCGCCGUCGGCCAGCGUUUAUAGCAGAGAGUGACCGUCAGGUUUUCGCGCUGGUUGGUGGGGAGCCGUGCGUUACGUGAAGAAAGGGAUCGAGACGGAGAGGGUACGAGAGAUGCCGCAGAAGAAGAAAAAGAAGGGCUCCACCAGCAGUGGUCGGGACGCAAUCUCCUCGUCCUCCAGCUCUUCUCUGGCCACCUCGGAACAUCACGACCAACAGAAUGAAUCUGAAUCUCCACAUCUCUCAACUCCGAACAAGGAAGACCAACCGCCGGCAAAGAACAGCCAGUAUUCCGCUGUUCCGGAGGAGCUAGACCAACUGCUCGCCGGGCUCGGUGCGAUGACGAGAUCUGACUGUGUGGCUGGCAUAAAGAAGGCAGACGAGGCCAUCGCUGGCUGUGCCAAGGAGCUGGAGGACGAAGAGGCGAGGAUGGACUUGAAGUGCUUGCUGCAGCUGAGGAGAGCAAAGCUACUAAAAAUUGUGUUUGACAAGAGGUAUGGCACUCUUGGACUGGCCACCCAGCACAGCAAGCCACUGGAGAGCUGCAUGUACGACUGCCAACAAGUUCUGUCGGUGCUGAGAGUGAGAGACGAGGACUCGCCAGCGACCAGUGUGUACCAGGAGGCCAAGGCACUGCUCAUACAGACAAAGACACUGAAGAGGGAGGAGGAUCCUGAGGUGCGGACGAGAAGCGGCACGACAGUGACUCAAUCCCAUCACCCCACGACUGGUCCACUGUUCUUCGAACCGUCCAAGACACACAUCAAGGACAUUUCGGAGAUACAUCCCGUCCUCCUCCAAGACGUCGUCAACUGCUACAAGAAAUACAAGUACGUCUGUCGCAUCUGCUUCAUUCGCUACAACCGCCAGGAAAUUGUCGUCGGUGGGAAGCCCUGUAAACGCUGCAAGAACGCGACCACGGUACGGAUCAUGCCGUGCAGCAAGCUGUGCAAGAACUUCCGCGACCUGAAGAUCCUGGCCAUCCCCCCGCCGCCAAAGGUGCUGAUGGCGCCCACGAAUCUCCACAAGCCGUUCCUCUACUGCCGGAACUCUGACCACCUGUUGUGCUACGACCGAGCAAAGGAGUCUUGGUACGGGCACUCCGUGGAGGAGCUGGUGGUCUGGACCAUCGAGAGAUUCUACGACUGUUCGUUCACCGAGUACGUUGCGAAACACCACGUGGAGGUGGCAAGUCAAGUGGAGGACCCGGCGAAGGGUCCCUCUGACCAGAAGACGAUGGACAACCUCGACACCUUCUCUGACGAACAAGGUCUCUUUCGAGGGAAUGAAGAUUAUGAGUUCUAUCCGAACGGGGCGUCGUUCCUGCCUCGAGGGCUGGCCAACAUCCCCAAACACCUCCUGGAUGACGUCAUCAAGUGCUAUGCCGAGAGAAGAGAGUACUGCAAGACGUGUUUCUACAAGAUGGGCAAGAAGGGAGAGUUGAGUGUCGGUCCACAAAAUACGUCUGUUUGCAAGCUCUGUCGUCACCCCUGGGAACGGGUGGUCGUCAUGCCAUCGAGUCGGCUGUGCUGGAACUUUGGUGACUUUGACGUCAUUCCAGUCGCUCCCCUCCCUCGCGCCAAGACAAUGAGUCAGUACUCCACAUUCAGAUACUGCAUCAACGACAACCACUACAGGUGUUUCAAGGUUUACAUUGACAACGAGUUCUGGUACGCUCACUCGGUGGAAGAACUGGUCAUCUGGACUGUGGAAAAAGAGAAAGAUUGUUCCUUUUCACAGUUCAUCAACAAGGGUCGUAAACCAGCUCUGUCUCCCCCAGGUCUCUCCCUCCCCCACCUCCCCACCCCCCUCACAAAACCACACACACACUCCCAAAUCACCCACGGCGACGACAACAACCACGACAUCAUCGUCGGCUAUAAUGACAUCGUCAACUACGCAAUCCACAACCACCAUCUCUUCCAAUGCUGAUGGCGACCCUCCGGAAAGUGCAACUCUCAAGGGUCAAAGUGCGGGGAAAAUUGGCUCCUCGACCCCCUCAUUUUCCCAGGUUGUCGUGUCGGGCCCCCCGGUAAAAAUUCGGCCCCCACCGUCUGGGAAGCCAAAAACCACGGGGUCAGAGUUACAGCCUGCUCAAAUUUCAGUCGACGUUGAUGCGGUGAGUGUGAACUCAAACAGUUCUGGUUUUGAUUCUCGCGUGACCGGUUUGACGAGCGUCUCUUCCCCACCUCCGGCAACCGCGGCGGCCGCAGCGGCACGAGCGAUUAGCCCAGGGGGCGGAGUCAUGCUCGAGAGCCCCACCCAACCGGGAUCCAGCGGUGCCAACCACUCGACAAAGACGCGACACCACUCGGAGAGCAGCUACAUGACGGCACUCUCACAGGACAGCGUAUCGUCAAACGGCAACGAAGAGCUUUCGCAAGAGAGCGUCAACAGUGCCCCUGUGAAGCCACGAACGAGCGUGGGUUCUUCUGCUUCCGGCAGAACGACCGCGACGGGUCCGGGAAAACCAAAGACGGCGGUGAAAUCCAACACUACCAGAAGUCGCCCGAACUACAAGGUGAUGAAAAUGCCCGAGGGUGGUGGUGGAGGGGGAGGAAGGGGUAAGGUGAGGAAGGAGUUACGAACCGCGGACGGAGUUGCAAACGAGGUCGGCAUCCCUGGAGUAGGCGAGAGAGAAGAGCAAGCGGAUGCCAACCUGACGUCUUCAGAGGUUUCCAACACUGAGUUUGAACCCAGCACGCAGUGUGCCAGCGACACCGGACUCUCGCAGCCUAGCGACCACAUAUUCUCUCUGUCUCACACUCAUGUCGUCAACAACAGCGACUAUUCUUUGAGCUCUGUUGGUAAGGAGGGCGGUAACUUGACGAUAAAGUCAUCGCUCCCAAAUGGAGGGUUUGGUACCACGAACUCGACCCACAAUGCCGGGUUUACGGCUGGUUACAGACCGUCUAGACCACCUGGCUACACCAAUUCUACUGCGGGAUUUCCCUCGCAUCCCGAGAACCUCGUUAGCCCUAAUCAUCAGGGGUUUCCCACUGCCUAUGGCGCUACAACAGCACACACUAAAGACGUGUACAAGUUCCAUCUGGUCACAUUCCGAGGUCUGUCUGACGUCCCACUACCGCUCAUAUCGGCGAUAGCCCCGUCGUACGCGAGACGACGCGAGGUGUGUCGCAAGUGCUUCUUCGGAGAGCGGAGUCUCUGUCGGGAGGAGGGCGGGGUCUGUGGCGAGUGUGCUCAGCCGUGGGAGAACCCAGUCACAGUGAUACCUGGUUGCAAGGAGUGCAACAACGAGCCUUGCUUCGACUCGGACGACUACGUCCCGCUCCACCCGCUGCCUCCCGUGGCAACCAUCCGUCGCUGCUCCCUCAAGAACCACCACAAGUGCUUCCAGAAGAGUCUGGAGUCGAAUCCCAAGUUUGCCCACUCCAUUCAGCAGCUGGUCGUCUGGCUUAUCGAGAGCGAGAAGGAUUGUACUUUCGAAGAGUUCAUCAACGGAGAGCUGAAGAUGUUGGUGACUCAUCCUCGACCUGACUCAACCUCUCACAAUGCCCCAGCUGGGGUGACGGUGCUCCACAGCAGGCAGUACAGUGGAGGAGCAGACCCUGUGGCGCAGUUACAUCACACCGCCACGGCUCCCCAGGGCUUCGUGGCCAGCCCAGGUGCAGGCAUCAAUGCCUCUCCCUCCCCCACUGACCUCAAGCCGCCCCAGGCUUCCGCCGCCACCGCCACCGUGACGACGAACUCUCACCUCCGACUUCUGACCCCCAAGUACAACGCCAAGAACGUUGGUUACGAGUACAUCGAAGACAUCCCCGGAGACCUCCUCGCUGCCGUGGCUCUCUGCUACCACUCGCUCCAGGUCGCCUGUCGUCAGUGUUUCCUUACCGGCGGUUCUCGCCAGGUCACCACGGCCAAACGAAAGUCGUCUUCGUCAUCGUCGGACGCUUGCAUCGAGGGUCACACGUGGCGACCGCUAGCUAUAAUACCCGGCUGUCGUCUGUGCACCCACGGCAAGAACAACCCAGGUUAUCACGUCCCAGUGCUCCCGGUACCGCGGCACAUGAAGGGGAGUCCGGCGCAGUUCUGCAUCUGCAAGAAGAGCGACCACGGACAGUGCUACAAGCUGACCACCAACCCGUGGUUCCCUCACUCUGUGGAGGAGCUGGUGAUAUGGACCAUUGAGAGGGAGAAAUCUGUGUCAUAUGAGACGGUGGUCAAGAGCUACCUGCCAGGCCCCGAGUGGUCUCACCUCACUCCAGAAAAUGUCUUCCUUUGCCCUCCUUCCCGCUCCUCCUCUGCCUCCUCUCUUACCCUGACUUCAGCCAGUGGUAGUAAAUCGGGCAGGGGCCGCUCUCCUUCUCACGUCGCCUCAACGUCUUCCUCGUCCUUCGCUUCUCGCGGUGGGAGUGACACCGCGUCGUCCCGGGCAACGGUAGUGGCACAUUCCGAAAGGGUUCCCCCGGCAACCGCCACACGGGAAGAAGCGGGCACUAGCGGCAACAAGGUCCCGAAACAAUCUUCUUCGUCACGUGCUCAUCGUAACUCUCAACCUGUGUCGUCGGGAAACGCCGCCAAGGAAGGAGGACACCAGAGCGACGUCUCAGCCAGUCUCACCAGCGGAGGAGGCGAGUCCAGUGACACGGGCUCCGUUCCAGGGAGCUCGGAGUCGCUCCAAUCCUCCCUGACAGAGAUAACCUCUGAGAACCCGUUUCCCGAGGCUCUUCAACAGCCGCAACCUGCUUCGUCGCAGCAGCCUCCUCCGCAAGUGGUGGAGCAGAACGGACUCCCCUCUGCACCAGUGUCCCUGUUCCACGACCCUCUGAUAUUCUACGGGUCCAGUACCAACGCUGCACUGCAGAGCAGUGACAGCACCGCCCCGCCGUUUGACGUGAGCGACAGCGACGACUGUACACUCGAUUUCUUCCCGGCGCUCAGACAGAACGCAGGCGGUACGGGGGACGUGGGAAAGCAGAACCCUAAUCCCGGUCUCCUCUCACCUGCGAGUGGUAACGAGCCCGCUGUCAACGCAGACGUUGAUUUGUCCGGCGUGCAAGACACCGUCGACGAUCAGAACUCCGGGACCACGUCGUCCGAGGCUCAAACCGAGUCCGAGGAGAACGCAGCAGGACCUGAAACGAACAGGAAGACACCGGAUGCUCUGACUCAGCAAACACUGAAGGACGAAGAGCUACUGCAUGCGGAGCACAACAGGUACCGAUCAAGCAAUAGCAGCGCUCGCCCGGAGAACUGGCCUGACGUCCAAGAACAGCCCUCUACCAUCAAGAAGGACUCGUCUACGAUUGACGGCCAGGUGGUAGUUGAUUCUGACAAUCACCAGGGGCACGGGGAAUCUCCCCCCUACAGUAGUCUCGAUUCGUCUUCGGGAUUUGUUGUCGACGGAGCGGAGGAGAACCUCGCGAAAGAGGGAGGUGGAGCGAAAAGCAACGACAUUGCCGCCGUAACGGACGAUUCAACAGGUAUCAUCGGCAAGUCUACCACUGCCGUGAGUGAGACCACUGGUGCUCAGUCCGCCACUGACAAACCGCCAACAGAACAACAAAACUCCGAACCAACUUCCUCAUCCUCAUCUAGCGAAAACAUCCCCACGGCGACAUCCACGCCGGGGAACAGUCAUCCGGGCUCAACACCUCAAACACCGUUGGACGCAGGUACUCUGCCUGCUAUACCCCGCCGUGAAAGCCUCGACGUUAACGCCAAGGAGUUUACCCCAAGAACAGUUCUACUCCGCGCAGACUCCCGCUCCAGCGCCUACCCCAGCGGACUUAACCCCAACGCCAUGGCAGUGUACCCUUACAUCACAAACGGUGGGCUUCCCGUUCUACCCACCCUCCCCGUUCUUACUACGGUGCCUCCGAUGAUGGUUAACCCUCUGCCCACUGUGACUGGAGUGAUGAGCGGGGGGCCAUUGUCGUCGGCAACCAGGAGGAAGAUGAAGGGUCCGGCACAGCCGAUGGCUGAUCCUUCUUCCACCGGCAACACCAUCCCUUAUCCAACGUCAGAGAUCUCGAGCUCCCCGACCUCCUCCCUCUCCCCUCCUCACUCCCCCACACGCCCUCACAAGUGCUUCCUCUGCUACCUCUCGUUCCCCGACCCCCAGUCGCUACGGCGACACUGCAAGACCGCGGCACACAUCAGCACACUCCUGCGGGACUGCGGGGCGAGCACUAUUUGGAAGAACCUACCCCCACCACCAGGUCAACCCAGAGAACUCAUGAAACUCUGCGUCAAUGGCUACAGCUGCACGCUGAGUCGUCUCGAGUGCAUCCAGCCACACUUUGCCGACGAGUUUGCCGAGCAGCUGCGUCGAGUCGAGCACCACAACAAGAGGGAGGCCACCCGGAAGCCCCUGCCUCUCUUCUCUGAUCAGCAGGACGACCUCCUCAUAUCUCCCAUCGAGGCUGAGAGAGUGACGCAGUACACCACCCUGAGAGUAUCGGUGAAGGAACCGCUGAAGGCAAUCCUGACAGACGCGUCCGCUUCCUUCACCUGGACCAUCUCUGUUCAGGGACAGCACUGGCAGACACUGUUUGGAAUCCAUCUCAAGAGUCAGAACCCCGUGUUCCAGAUCACAGACCUGGAGGAUGCCAACGCUCUGGUCGAAGGGAAAUGCCAGAGUGACAGAGCAAACUGGGUGGCGAGUACUGCUGCUGAUGCCAUCUUGUUAGGUCGGCUGUGUUUCUCAGUGCGGGCCAGUCCAGAGAACGUGAACGGCAAUUUCAACUGCAGAGUGUGUCUCAACCUCGGCUUCUACCAGCAUGCCUACAUCAGUCUGGCCCUCGUAGUUAAUGACCCUAAACUGACUAGGAAGACAGGCCCGGCCCUGCCCCCACCACCUCUGAGCGAGUUCCCGCCAAUCUCAGACACCAGACCACGGGUGCAGUCGGCCCCCCACAACAAGAGGGCCCCCGAAACUCCGCCCACUGCCAGUAGCAGUACUGCCACCACCCGGCCUCAGAGUGCCUCGUCUCUACCAGAUGAGCGAGAGGCGGCGACAGCCUCAGUGGCUGAUUCAGAGACGUCCCAGAAGAUGGCGGGGAGAGAAGUCACCACGAACCACCACGUCCAGCCGGGUUCCUCGGAGAGAGCCCAGUCCAGUAAUGGCGGCGUCGUAAACGUGUGGAAAAGAGGGAGCGAGGGCGGGGGAGGGAAGAGACGAGAUGAUAAAGAAGUUGGAAAGACUAAUGGUCAGGGACCCGAGGCCUCAACACAGGUAUAUCACCAAGUACGGUAGUACUUGGAUGACUGUCAUCCUGCAUUAUGCCCAUACAUUUGAGAUGAAUUCUCCCUCUACCAGCCACCAGCCUUUCUUGUAUAUACACCUACAGGACUCGAGACAGCCAGACCAGAUUGUCAACUCUCACUGUGAUCACAUGACUUCCCAUGAUGUCAUCACCUCAAAUGAUGUCAUCACCUCAAUACACUCUAGCUCACAUAUUUGAUGAUUUCCUACCACUUCUAGUCUAUUAUGUAACCAAAUGUGCACACUCGCGGACACGCUGCUACUACUUUCCUUCAUGAAAUAGACACCUUCCAUCUAGUAGUUCACAGUCAUACUGCCGUACUUCGUGUAUUAUAUAUACACUACACCCCGCCCCCUUGCGCAGUGUAUAUAUCAUAACACAACCCAAACACACUGUGUAUAUACAAUGUUAUAUGUACUCCUACCGAAGAGUUGGUUUUGUUGUUGUAUCAUAACUAUUUAUGAUGAUGAUAAUAUGAUUGCUCUAUAAUAUAUACUGUCCCUCGUGAUGUAGCUGCUAGGAUUUGUAAGUCGUGCCCUGUCCAAAGAAGAAAAAUUAAAGUUUGAUUCUCUAUAACGUUUGCCAAUUCCCCACCC